AUGGCACGCUCAGCUCCAUUUAAUCCACCUUCUAUUGACCUCCCGGGCAAGCCCUUUGUCCCAGGAUGGGUUCCUCCCCCUGUCACUCAAGAGAAGCACAACUUUGCUCAGCUCAAGUCUAUUGACCUUUCAUUGCUGGACUCGGAGGACCCUGCCGUUGUCGAGAAUCUUAUUCAGCAGGUCAAGGUUGCUAUUCGGGACGACGGAUUCUUAUUUUUGGAGAACUAUGGUGUUUCACUUGAGCAGCUUCACCGUCAGUUUUCCCUUGCGCAAUAUCUAUACAAGAAUAUCAGUGAGGAGGACAAACAACGCCUCCUGUUUGAGCCUGACAGCGGUAAAUGGUCGGGAUAUAAGCACCCGUUCGGCUUCAAGCGCCACCGUGGUGCCGCUGAUGGAAUCGAACAGUUCAACUGGUACACAGCUGACUGGGAAGAGAUCGAAAACCGCGUCCCCACAUGCCUACACCCUUUCAUGGACGAGAUCGAAGCUUUCGCAAACUACCUUACCAAGUCGGUGAACCGACGCCUACUCACUCUAUUUUCUCGAGUCCUCGAGCUGCCAGAUGAUUACCUCUGGGAUAACGUCCAGUCACACGGUAGUCCUACCGGUGAAGGCUACUUCCGUCAUGCUCUGUUCCGGCCAGUGAAGAAGGAGACACAAGAGGCAUCCAAGGGCCUGCGAAUGCACGGUCACACCGACUUUGGACUGACCACACUCCUCUUUUCCGUCCCUAUCUCCUGCCUGCAAAUUUGGGGCCGUGAUGAGCAGUGGUAUUAUGUCCCUUACAAACCGGGCGCACUGGUGAUCAACAUUGGCGAUACUCUGGAGAUCGUCUCGGGUGGUCACUUCAAGGCUACUCGUCAUCGAGUCUUCAAGCCGCCCGUUGACCAGUUGAAUGAGGAGCGCCUGUCACUGGUUCUUUUCAACAGCUCUGUUGGAGAUCUGCGCAUGACGCCCGCCACAGAAUCCCCCCUUAUCCAACGAGAGGGCUGCGUCGAAGAACAAGGUGUCUACAAGGAAUUCAAGAGACUCACUGAUGAAGGUCGUCUUGUUCCAACCAACAAGCAAUGGAGAGAGAUUCAAAUUGCUACAUGUACAGACCCCACGGAUACAGUUCAUAACCGGGUUGGUGCACACCAGACAAUUGUCGAUGGCAAAAUCAUGCAUCAACGAGAGUAUAUGGGUGUGAAGGUUGUCCUUCCUGUCUAG